AUGUAUGGCCCAGAACGGGUUGUGGUAGCCCACGCGGCGAUAUCCCCGAGACAGACAUCGACUGGGGCGCAGGUCAAGAAGAGUAUGAACUGGGCCGGUGCUAUGGUACCCAGCAACCGAGGUUCUUCGAAGGCAACUAUCAAGAUCCCGACGCCCGAGAUCCCUGCCGACAGCACAACGCCCGACGAGGUACACUGCGCAACGUUCUGGACCGGCAUUGACGGUGCGAGUGCGCAGUGCCAGUCCAUUCUGCAGACUGGAAUCGACAUCUGUGCCCAAAGAACGCCGAAUGGAACGCUGGAUACACUUGCUAGGUCUUGGCAUCAGUUCUUCCCUGUCCCGGCCGCCCUGCACGAUAUCCAAAUAUCCUUCGGAGAUGUGGUUUCAAUGUCUGUGUCAGCUUCAAGUCCCACCAGCGGCGUUGUACUUGUUGAGAACGAGACGACUGGAAAGUCCUCCAGCCAGACAUAUACAAACGUCUCGGACGCCACAUUAUGCCUCGAGACGGCAGAGUGGGUGGUAGAGAGGUUCACAGUUGACGCGGCCACAAAUUCACUGGUCCCCUUUGCCGGUUUCGGAAAUGCCACCUUCGAGAAUGCGACGGUGGGGGACGUUGGGAUCCAAGGGAUGAACUUCACCAUGUUUGAGAUGAUCACAAACACAUCAACACUAGCGACAUGCGAGGUGCAAGGGUCAUCCGUGGUCUGUUCAGAUGAGCGCCAAUAG